UACAGACCAGUUCAAGAUCAAGGACAAAAUAAACUUUCAGUCUCGGUUCAAAGACCAGUCCAGCCAGACCAGAUCGCUCUACCUCCGAUAUUAGAUCUACAUAGCAUUGCGAUAAGGAUUCAAAUAGCGAAAGAUUGGUGCUAA